GCAGACGCUUCACUGCGCGGCUCCGCGGCCAGUCGCUGUAGUGCCGGAGAGGCGGCGUGACCACCCCGUCCCUUCCAUGGCUGAUUCCGCCUUGGGUCAAGUGUGGAGCUUUUAAACUCAACCGCCAGACGAACACCAACUACCGCCAGCGACCCCGAGCACGAUUAAUCUUUGUGCCGUUUAUCACCUUUAAUGCAGCAGGUGGCCUGUUAACAACUAGCAAAAAGCCUCGAUGGUGAGCUUGGCUACGAUGUGCGGCCACUUGACGGUUUCUUUGUGAGAGGACUGAAGGUCAGCUGUGACCAUGCGUUGCCUGGCUGCUCGUGUCAACUAUAAGACCCUCAUUGUCAUCUGCGCUCUUUUCACACUCCUCACUGUCUUGCUGUGGAAUCGCUGCUCCACUAACACCUCCUUACGUUUCCUGCCUCGGGCUGCUUUGGUGGCACCCAGUCCCAAAGGUGGUGACGCGAGCAGUCAACAACACCCUCCACAACCUCCAGAACCCCCACCGAUUGUUAGUGGGAGCAAGUAUGAGGACAUCGACUGCCUGAUUAAUGAUGAAUCCACAGUCAAAGGCCGACGUGAGGGUGGAGAGAUCUACAUGCCUUUCAGUUGGAUGGAAAAGUACUUUGAGGUGUAUGGAAAAGUAGUGCAGUAUGAUGGCUAUGAUCGCUUCGAGUUUCAGCAUAGUUACUCGAAGGUGUACGCUCAACGGGAGCCCUAUCAUCCCAAUGGUGUCUUCAUGUCAUUUGAAGGUUACAAUGUGGAGGUCCGGGAUCGAGUCAAGUGCAUAAGUGGAGUGGAAGGUGUUCCUCUGUCUACUCAAUGGGGUCCUCAGGGCUACUUCUAUGCCAUCCAGAUUGCCCAGUACGGCUUGAGCCAUUACAGCAAAAACCUGACCGAGCGUGCACCUCACGUGGUGGUCUAUGAUACCGCCGAGGAGAGAGAUAACAGGAUCAGCUCUGCAACAUGGGCUGUGCCAAAGGGCGGAAGUCUCAGCCGUGUCUACGACAAGAGCCGCGCUUCCUCAGUCCGACAGUUUAGUGCUCCAGAGUCCUCGGGGGGCGUAUCACUCCCGCUAGAUAACACCAAAGACUUCAUCCUCAGCUUGGACAUAAAGUUCACCUCCAACGGCAGUUUGUCGGUCAUCCUCGACACUACAGAGAAAGGCUCGCCGUUCACUAUCCACUAUGUUACCAAUACGCAGCUCAUCGCGUUUAAAGACCGUGAAAUCACCUAUGGAAUAGGGCCACGUACCAUCUGGACCUCCCUGACACGCGACCUGGUCACAGACCUCAGGAAAGGUGUCGGUUUGUCGAACACCAAGGCUGUGAAAUCCACUAAGAUCAUGCCCAGGCGAGUUGUGCGACUACUACUACAUGGGCGGGGCUUUGUUGACAACAUCACGAUCUCCACCACAGCCCACAUGGCCGCCUUCUUUGCUGCCAGCGACUGGCUGCGACGCAACCAGGACGAACGAGGCGGUUGGCCCAUCAUGGUCACGCGGAAAUUGGGCGAGGGCUUCCGGCCACUAGACCCGGGCUGGUACUCGGCCAUGGCCCAGGGCCAGGCCAUGUCCACCCUGGUGAGAGCCUAUCUCCUCACCAAGGACCAGGCUUACCUCAAUGCUGCACUCAAGGCAGUGGGACCCUAUAAGGUUCCCUCAGCGCAGCAUGGGGUCAAAGCUGUAUUUAUGAACAAAUAUGACUGGUAUGAAGAGUAUCCCACCUCACCCAGUUCCUUUGUCCUCAACGGCUUCAUAUAUUCCCUGCUGGGACUCUACGACUUGAGCGAGACAGCUGGCGAGAAGCUCGGCAGGGAAGCCGGGCAGCUGUUAAGCCGCGGCAUGGAGUCUCUGAAAGCCAUGCUGCCGCUCUUUGACACCGGGUCAGGGAGUAUUUAUGACCUGCGCCACUUCAUGUUGGGCACUGCGCCCAAUUUGGCUCGCUGGGACUAUCACACCACGCACAUUAACCAGCUGCAGCUGCUGGCAUCCAUCGAUAGCUCGCCCAUCUUUAAGGAAGUGGUAAAGCGCUGGAAAGGCUACUUGAAAGGAAUCCGUGCCAAGCACAACUAGAGCGACAAGAGGGUGAAUACUCUUUGUGUGACUGGAUGGUUGACUGAAUGUGAAAAGGAAGCAUAUAUUGUAUGCCUGUAGGUGUUGGAGUGGAGGUUUACAAUCCUCAGAAUGGGUUUGGCGUAGCUGAAGGCCUCUUAGAAAUACAGACCUUGUGUGCUCUGUUGCAGGUGUUUUGUUCUCUCAAGCACUGAUAGUAGCACACAUAGUUUUCUUCAGCUAGUAUUUGUAAUGAUGCACAGACUUAGUUUACGACAUACAAGUUUUUUUUUUUUUUGGUUCCCAGGAAAGACCCUUCUGUGUUGUGCUUUUUUUAAAUCUAGUACGGUAGUACCUUAACUUACAAGCGUGGUUUUGUGAUGGAGCUUUUAAGGGAAACUGCACUUUUUAAAAACAUUUUGCCCAAAGUUCACAAUCAUUAUAAAAGACAUGACAACGGAGGGUUGUUUUAUUCAUUCUAGAUAUGAACUAAAUGUGAUCAAAAGUCCACUUACAAUGGAGCUUUUAGUAGUUGCUCUAUUCUGCCAUCAUCCAAACACAUCCAUUAAGGUGUUAUAUACAUGAUGUAAGUAUAUAUGUAAUGUAGAAAAAAUCACAUUUAUAUUAUCAUUUAAUAUUUACGUAUUUUGAUUUAUUUUGAUCCAUCCAUCCAUCUAUUUCUACCGCUUAUUCCCUUUUGGUGCACGGGGGGCGCUGGUGUCUAUCUCAGCUACAAUCAGGCGGAAGGCGGUGUACACCCUGGACAAGUCGCCACCUCAUCGUCAUCGCAGGGCCAACACAGAUAGACAGACAACAUUCACACUCGCAUCCAAACUCUAGGGCCGAUUUAGUGUUGUCAGUCAACCUAUCCCCAGGUGCAUGUUUUUGGAAGUGUGAAAAAGCCGGAGUACCCAGAGGGAACCCACGCAGUCACGGGGAGAACAUGCAAACUCCACACAGAAAGAUCCCUAGCCCGGGAUUGAACUCAGGACCUUGGUAUUGUGAGGCAGACGCAUUACUCCCUCUUCCAUUAUGUUGCCCCGUAUUUUGAUCAUUUAAAGCAUAUGCGAUGCAUUAAUUAAAAAAAAAAAAAAAGCGUCAAAAUGUUCACUUUUUUUAAUUUACAGCAUCACUGAUUAUUACACACUGCAGACUUCAUGAAAGUCGACAAACAUAAUUAAAAAUCUCUUACUGUGCAAUGUAUGCUGUCGUUAGAAUGCCGACUGAUAAAUUCUUGUUACCGGUAUAUUCCUGUUUGGAUGAAGAAUGACUCAUAAUCCUCGUGUCUUUUAGUGAUUUACUCACAAUUUCUCGGAUCCCCAUUCGGCUGCCAAAGUGUUCCAACUUGUCGGAAUACCUCGUCAGCCUUCUUCUGUCGAGGUGAAAUGCAUGAUUUGUCAUCUAGAAUACAUUUCCAAGAAGCAAAGAAGCGAGGACACACCUCACCAAUCAAUCAUGUCGACAUUGCACAAAAUCUUUGUAAUCACGGCGCCGCCAUAAAAAGUUUGUCUGUGUUAGCGCUUAUAACAAUAUCACCAAUACUUGGUUAAUAUUCAAGUCACAAGAUGUAAAUGGAGUAUUUUUGGCCAAUUAAUUGAAUGAAUUUUUUUUUUUUUUUCUCUAUUUUAUUGGUGAAAUCAAGGACCUCCCAUUGGCUACCUUAUAAGCAGACUUUUAUUUACGUUUUAUUCAGAAUUUAGAAUGCAUCCAAAAAAAAUGCAUCCGUCAUGUAUUUCAAAAUGAUUGUGAACGAUAAGCAAAAUCCCCCCCUCAAAAAAGUGAAGUUCCCCUUUAACUCCAAACAGUUGUACCCCAAAUCAACAUCUCUUAUUGAAAUGAAUUUAGAUACAUUUAAUUGGUGCUUGACCCCACAAAACAGCACAUUUUUAACGUGUACAAUGAGUUUUAAAAAUGAAAAAGUUGUAGUAUAGAAUGUACUCCAAAUUACCUUAUGAGGUAAUUUAUGAAUAAUGUACAUUUACCUUGGAGAGAGGACUUCUACAGUAUCUCUAUCGAGCUGCUUUUCCAUAUUUUCAUGGAUAAAUGUCCACCGUUUAGAUAUUAUUCUUGGCUGGCGUUAGACUCAUUCUGCUUCAAAGCGGUGAGGGCUAGGAGUGAUGCGCCAAAUUGCUUCGCCAAGCUGCCAACACGCGUGAUCCCGCUUUUCAGUCCAGGUGCUACUGUAAUUGGUAAAGCACACCACAUUUGAAGGGUAUCGAUUGGGAUUCAGCUGUAUUUUCCCCCAUUUCAUCUCAUAAUGACAACACUGUAAAUAUUAUAUCGAAUGCAUCGCAAUCCCACACACAUCUUUUUUAAACCUUAUUUCCUAUAGUCUGUCUAGAAUUUAGUUAGCUGUAUGCUAACAUUGACAGAUAAGCUAAAAAAUGCAGACUUAGUAAAGCAGGUGUUUGCCUUUCUGGAGACCACUUAAUGGAUGUAUCAAAUGUUUUGGGUCUUAAGGUGAAUACACUUACUUACUAUACAGUAUUAGGGGAUUUUUUUUUUUUUUUCAGUUUACCCGACACAUGAAACAUGACAAAUUGGGGGGUUGCACUACCCACUUAAGCCACCCAAGGGUUAAAUAUCUUAAAAUGUGUUUUGUAGCAAUUCCAACUUCAACCACGUCUGGUGCUAUUUAGACAAGUUUUCCAUCAUUUUAAGCAGACUGCAUUGCAAAAUGAGUAACCCUCCCCUUCCUCUCACACGUAUGGAUCCCUUCCCGGCAGUAAUAAGAGACACGUGCGAUGCAUCGUCAGUUGUUAAUAUUAUUUAAGUUGACAAACAGCUUAUUGUGCCUGCACAAAAUGGACAGAUAACAUAGGGGUGAAUUAAUCUUGCAAACCAGCUCUUUAGUAUUUAAUUUCCAUUAUCAAAGCCGGCAAGACACUACUUUGCAAAUAGUCUUUCAGGGUUCUAUUCUACAAUUUGCUUAAGUGAAAAAAGGUGCGUAACUGUGACUCAAGUCUUGUUACUCUGCGCCUUCAUGCAUGAUGCGCACUCUCAAUGGAGCAACCUUAAAAAUGAGGUUCCCUAUCAAAUCUGGCCUAUUUGCGUAGUCUCUCAUCCGCUUAAUUACUUUUGCUUGUAUUUGUUUCCUAGGCUGGAAUAAAUCCAAGGUGAAACAUUGUAUUGCACUUGAAGUCUGGAUACUGUGUACGCCACACAGGAAAAAUGACAAAAGAAACUUCCAGAAAACUAUCAAAUCUAUUCUGGCCCCUUCAAUGGAGACACACGGAAAUAUCCGUUGAGAUAGGGAUAAAAGGACCAAAACACAGUUCUAAAUUAACGAUCAAAAUACAAAUUGCUCAUCAAUGUCUUGAGAGUUCGACCACAGCAGAGGGGGACUGUGCGCAUAUCAUUUGAGUUUGGAUGACCUGGACUAACAGAUGUUCAUUGCAUUUGGAUUAUCCAUCCAUCCAUUUUCUACCGCUUAUUCCCUUUUGGGGUCGCGGGGGGCUAUGUCACUAUUUAAUAGAAAUUACAUACAGUACAGGCAGAAAGUUUGGACGCACCUUCUCAUUUCAAUGCAUUUUUUUAUUUUCAUGACUAUUUACAUUGUCACUGAAGGCAUCAAAACUAUGACACCUGUGAAGUGAAAACCCUUUCAGGUGAACCUCUUGAAGCUCAUCAAGAGAAUGCCAAGAAUGUACAAAACAGUAAUCAGAGCAAAAGGGUGCCUAUUUUGAAGAAACUAGAAUAUAAAACAUAUUUUCAGUUAUAUCACCUUUUUUUUGUUACGAACAUAACUCCACGUGUUCAUUUAUAGUUUCGAUGCCUUCAGUGACAACCUACAAUGCAAAUAGUUAUGAAAAUAAAGAAAACCCAUUGAAUGAGAAGGUGUGUUCAAACUUUUGGCCUGUACUAUGUAUAACGUAGAGCAGGGGUCACCAACCUUUUUGAAACCAAGAGCUACUUCUUGGGUACUGAUUAAUGCGAAGGGCUACCAGUUUGAUACACACUUAAAUAAAUUGCCAGAAAUAGCCAAUUUGCUCAAUUUACCUUCUAAUAAAUAAAUCUAUAUGUAUAUAUAUAUUUAAAAAAUGGGUAUUUCUGUCUGUCAUUCCGUCGUACAUUUGUUUUCCUUUUACGGAAUGUUUUUUGUGGAGAAUAAAUGAUGAAAAAAACACUUAAUUGAACGGUUUAAAAAAAGGGGGAAACACGAAAAAAAAUUAAAAUUUAAUUUUGAAACAUAGUUUAUCUUCAAUUUCGACUCUUUACAAUUAAAAAAAAAUUCAACCGAAAAAUAUGAAGUUAAAAACUAACUAAUUUGCAUCUCUUUGAAAAAAUUAAAAAUAAAAUUAAUGGAACAUCAUUAGUAAUUUUUCCUGAUUAGGAUUAAUUUUAGAAUUUUGAUGACAUGUUUUAAAUAGGUUAAAAUCCAAUCUGCACUUUGUUAGAAUAUAUAACAAAUCAGACCAAGCUAUAUUUCUAACAAAGACAAAUAAUUUUUUCUUCUAGAUUUUCCAGAACAAAAAUUUUAAAAGAAAUUCAAAAGACUUUGAAAUAAGAUUUAAAUUUGAUUCUACAGAUUUUCUAGAUUUGCCAGAAUAAUUUUUGGGAAUUUUAAAUCAUAAUAAGUUUGAAGAAAUAUUUCCCAAAUAUUCUUUGUCGAAAAAACAGAAGCUAAAAUGAAGAAUUAAAUUAAAAUGUAUUUAUUAUUCUUUACAAUAAAAAAAAAAAAACUUGAACACAGAUUUAAAUUGUCAGGAAAGAAGAGGAAGGAAUUUAAAAGGUAAAAAUGUAUAUGUGUUUAAAAAUCCUAAAAUAAUUUUUAAGGUUGUAUUUUUUCUCUAAAAUUGUCUUUCUGAAAGUUAUAAGAAGCAAAGUAAAAAUAAAUAAAUGAAUUUAUUUAAACAAGUGAAUACCAAGUUUUUAAAUUAUUUUCUCAAAUUUUCAAAUUCUAUUUGAGUUUUGUCUCUCUUAGAAUUAAAAAUGUCAAGCAAAGUGAGACCAGCUUGCUAGUAAAUAAAUAAAAUUUAAAAAAUACAGGCAGCAAUUUGAGCUAUUUUUAGAACAGGCCAGCGGGCGAAUCAUCUGGUCCUUACGGGCUACCUGGUGCCCGCGGGCACCGCGUUGGUGACCCUUGAUGUAGAGUCUAUCAUAUGAUUUAAUUGGUUUGACAGUUAAUUUCAGAUGUCACACACCCCUGCGUAAGGACAUGCACACAAACAGCUGUUUACACCCAUCUGUCAUGGCUUCGCGAACAUUUGCACUAAACAUAACUCUUAACAUCACAAAUAGCAUCAUAAUAGGUAAACAUAAAUAUUAUCUACAGAUUAUUAUUCAAAACCAGUCAGGAAGAAGAAGCUGUUGUAGCGUGCAUACACACACUACGUCACUGCCUGGAUGAAUGCAGCCUUUUUUAAUUUUAAGUGUUCUCUUUUUUCAUGGAUUUCCGUGACAUGCACGAAUGUUAGGAAAACCCGACACUCCACAAUUUUCACACAGCCCCCCCACCAAAAAAAAAGUUUGCUUCAUUAGUAAUGAGCCCGCCUUCAUUCCCGACCGAAGCACUUUUGCUUAAUCUCAAACAGGACAAUAUGGUCCUUAAGUGUGUUGGUGCCAGUUUGUGGAGGCGGGUGUUGUUGGUUGAUAGAAAUGUUUUCUGUCCAUGCAAUACAAUGUGGGCAGCAAAGGCUUACUAUGAUUUCAACAUUAUAUAAAAAAAACAAACAUUAAGCCUGAGGUGAAUUGUUGACAGACUUAAGUUUUUCCUUGGUGCAUUAACCUUAAUCUUUUUGAACAAGCCUAGCCCAGUAUGAUAAGACGGAAGCUUGCCAAUAAACCAUCUUCUAGUCAGGAGAGCUUGCCCGUGGUAAUGCGUGAGUCAGCAGAACAAUUGAGAGGCUUUGAGUUGAUGUAGCGCAAAUAUCCUCAAUGGAAGCAGAGGAGCCAGUAAUCGGGGUCAGUCUGCUUUCAGCAGGAAGGAAGUCAGAAAGUGAAUGUUUUAUUAUGCGCAUCGGAAUUGUCUUGACCAUCAGAACAAAACUGCGUACAGAUAUAUGUAAAGUAAGAUGACAACGGCGUAGUAUUGUGUGCAGUCCGAGUCCCUUGGGUUACAAUAGUAUUGCGAUAACUAUAAUAUCAUGAUACAGUGCUACCUUGGUUUUUGUUGGAUCAAUUGUACAAAGACCAAAGCAAUUUUUUUCCUUCAGAAAUAAUGUCAAUCCAAUCUCUUCCAGACUGUAAUUGAUUAUAGUUGUGGUUUUUAGAGGAAUCUUUGGGCAUCUAACUGUCAGAGUUAGUUUGUGACGAACCCCAGGAUGCAGAGAAGGAGGCAGGCAUUUUGCUGGUAAACAUGAUUUAAUUAAAAUACUAGGACAAGAACAAACAAAAAGGGUACUAACAAAAAACGCGCCCUGGGUGGAUAACAAACUAAAAGAGCUAGGAUGGGAGCUAGAAAACAAAAGGAGCUUAGCAUGGAAACUAGCAAAAACAAAAGGGCCUAGCGCGGAAGCUAGCGGGUAACGAGCAGGAAAACAGAAGUCGUACUUGUAAUAUGAAAACAAACUGGAAGCGGGGAACAAAAAACAGUAAGCUACAAACAUCUAACGAACGUAGCUUACCGCUACGCUGCAAUGACAAGCCCAGUAGGAACGACAGGUAGAACUGAUAUUGACACGACACGACAAUACAGAAGCGACAAUAAUCCAGCGCAGACUGGAGGAGAAAACAGGUCUAAACAGGAGCGGGCUGAUUGACACCAGGUGUGGCCAGGUGCCAAUCAGCCGCAGCUGAGGGGACACAGCACUCAGGGAGAAAGACAGGAAACCAACAAAAUAAGAGCGCUGACAGGAAGCACUACACACAGAGGAAACAAAGACAAAUGCAGAGGAAAAAACUAAAACACAGUGAAACUGUCAGGGACAAGCCUGACACUAACGAUGGAUAUCUGAUUCUGGUAAUAUAUUUGGUAUAUAGUUUUAAUCAGGUUACAAAAGUUCCUCUUGGCUGCUGGUGUACAACUUGCACACAGUGUGGGCCUAAAGUUUUUUAUAUUUUUUUAUUUACCAAAAUCACAUAAUUAAUCAAUCAAAUGAAUGUGACUGUGAAUGUUGUCUAUCUGUGUUGGCCCUGCGAUGAGGUAGCAACUUUUCCAGGGUGUACCCCGCCUUCCGCCCGAUUGUAGCUGAGAUAGGCACCAGCGCCCCCCGCAACCCCUAAAGGGAAUAAGCGGUAGAAAAUGGAUGGAUGGAUAAAGGUAACACUCCAACCCCAACCCAGUUCUAACAUUACAAUACUUCUAAGAAAUGUACACGCACUUGAAAAGACAUACAAAUACAAUACUAAAAACAUUUAGUACUAGUUAAGCAAAAAUUUAUUAAAGCAGCAGUAUCAAUAACAAAGUCAGUAAUAGCUGUUCAUUGUUUUUAAUCUGAAAAUGGAUUCUAAAAAAAAAAAAUGUUUUUUUAAACAAUUGUUUUAAAUGUUUAUCCUAAUCAGAGUAAAUAUGAAUUGCAAUUAAAGUUAAAGUACCACUGAUAGUCACACACACACAUCAGGUGUGGUGGAAUUAGCCUCUGCAUUUGACCCAUCCCCUUGUUCCACCCUCUAGGAGGUGAGGGGAGCAGUGAGCAGCAGCGGUGGCAGCGCUCGGGAAUCAUUUUAGUGAUUUAACCCUCAAUUCCAACCCUUGAUGCUGAGUGCCAAGCAGGGAGGAAAAUGGUCCCAUUUUUAUAGUCUUUGGUAUGACUCGGUCGGGGUUUGAACUCCCGACCUACCGAUCUUAGGACGGACACUAACCACAAGGCCACUGAGCAGGUUUGGUUGUCAAUCAAUUUUUGGAGCACCCCUAAAAGUUUGACAUGCAGAAAACUAUCACAGUGCUAGCACUCGCAACUUUUUUGGGCCCCACAGUGUAUUUGUAUUCUUUUGUCAUACUCAGUUUUAAAAAACAAAACAGGGAUUCCUUGUUUGGGCACUGGAUUAUGUGAAAUGAUGCACAUGCAAACAGAGUAGUUUAUUCGUAUGAUUAUCAGGCCAGUAUACAAAAACCAAAAAUGUUGGCAAAUACUUUUGUCUAAAAGGGUGUAUGAAAACCAAGGUGCCGCUGUACAGUGGAAGCGAUAUUAUGGGGAUGAAGAAUAUGUGCAAUAUAUCUUGAUAUUGAUAUUUAAGAACCUUUCCAAAAACAGCUGUCCUUCAACUGUUGAAUUGAAAACGGUGAUAUUAGCUUCCUGCUCAAAAUGUCCAGUUUUCAACCUACCGUAUUUCCUUGAAUUGCCGCCAGGGCGCUAAUUAAUUUAAAACCUCAUCUCACUCCUGCGCUUACCAAAGGCAUGCGGUAAAAGUAAGCAUGCGCUAAUUAUUUUAAAACCUCUUCUCACUCUGGCACUUACCAAAGGUAUGGAGUAAAAAUUUUAAUGUGAUGUAAGCUUGAACCUUAAAUCUUACUGAAUAGCUCUUAAUCUUCUUCCCUUUAUGCAAUUUCGAAUUACCGGUAUUGAAAUCAGCCUCCUCAGUUUUGAAAAUGAUGACAGGUAGUGUCAGUCGUGACGUCACAAGUUUGACCAGGCGGUAAUAGUAAGCAUGCGCUAAUUAUUUUGGGAAGCGAGUUUGACCCGGCAGUAAUUCAAGACAGGCGCAUACUAUAUGCCCGGCAGCAAUUCAAGGAAAUACGGUAUUUUAAAUACAAUUUUAAAAAUCAUUAUGAUAGGUACUGCGAUGAGAUGGCGACUUGUCCAGGGUGUACCCCGCCUUCCGCCCGAUUGUAGCUGAGAUAGGCGCCAGCGCCCCCCCGCCACCCCAAAAGGGAAUAAGCGGUAGAAAAUGGAUGGAUGGAUUAUGAUAGGUAAUGAAAGUUUGAAUAAUUUCAUUGUUGAUAUAUAACCAAGAUUGACCUGCUAGGGCACAAUUUAAAAAUAAUUAUGAUAGGUAAAGAAAGUUAAAAUCAUUUCAUUGUUGACAUAUAACCAAGAUUGACCAAAUUCAUCCUUGUCAUUAUAAGACAAGUCUGGGCAUUUAUUUUGACUCGGGGGCCACAUUUACAGAAAAAAAUGUGUCUGGGGGGCCGGUAUAUCUAUAUUUAUGAACACUAGUACAAAACCUCACCAUAAUGUCUGAUUGAAUGCCAAAAACGUUAUGACAGACCACCUUAAAAAAAACGUAAUGUAAUUUGACAUUUUUCUAUGAAGGGUAAAACACUGAAUAUUGACAACAAAUGAACGUCACACAUCCUUUCACAUAGACACAUUUUACAAUCAAGUGAAACGCAACAAAAAUGCGACACACAGUGAAAUAUGAACGCGAAGGGUACAAAAUAAACCCACCUACAAUCUGAUACAUCACUAAGCUUUAGAACUUUGUUGUGAAAAUCUCCUUCCGCGUCUGUAGAAACGCUCCCCGCCCACACGGCUAGGUGCCUCGUCUAAGCUUCUGUGACGUAGAUUACCAUAGUAACUAAUUAGAUGCCCAUAGUAACUAAUUAGAUGACCAUAGUAACUAAUUAGAUGACCAUAGUAACUAAUUAGAUGACCAUAGUAACUAAUUAGAUGACCAUAGUAACUAAUUAGAUGACCAUUGUAACUAAUUAGAUGACCAUAGUAACUAAUUAGAUGACCAUUGUUACUAUUAUAUCAUCCAGAAGCGCUUAUUCCAACCAUUGAAAGACUUAGUAUAGUUGAAUACUUACAGUCGUUAGAAAACAUGAUUGCAGAUCAUAAUGGGAGCUACACUUUCUAUCUUAAAGAUCUAAAAAAAUUAUUUGGGAAUGUUCGGCGGGCCAGAUUGAAAAGCUUAACGGGCCCCCGGGCCUUAAUUCCCCCAGGCCUGUUAUAAGAUGUUUAAGGAAACGGGUCAAAUGUCAUAUUGGUGACCUCGACUAAACCACAGUGUUAGGUUCUAUUCUAAGAAUGUUAGUACUCCAAUUCUGUGGGGUUUUUUUUGCAAUUUCUGCGUAAUUCAUUCAUGUUUUUCCAUGGUUUUCACCGUAGCUGAAAGUGCACACAGGAAGUUCAGUUUUGUUUAUACCAAAGUCACUCAUCAGAGAAUAUUACAUGUAUAUUUUUGAACAGAUUCAGCAUUAUAUGAGCUUCAGUCACCUUGUGACUUUGCCUUUUUAGUACUAAUGGUAGUGUAGAUUUUAGAGAGGGGGGAGAUGGGUCAAAGUUUCUGUAAAAAGGGGGCUGUGUGCAACCAGAGAUUAGCAUUUAGGUGCAGCUACAAUAUCAACCGAUUUUUGUGCACACUUUUUUUUUUUUCUACUUUCAUUUUAGGUCGUGUGGUGGGUUGGUAGUCAUUUUGCUCUUUAGACAAAAGCACAAGUUCCAUUGUUUUAGUUGACUUUAUUUCAGCUUCAUUAUUAUUUCCGCGAUGUGAGGUGCAACUUGUGCGUUAUGAAAGCUGCUAAGAGACAAUGUAACUUUCUUUGUUUUCAUAUGCAGUGCUUUUCCCUCCGCUCGCGGUCAAAAGUAAUUUAUGCAAUAAAACGUUUACUUUGGUUACGUCCGCCACAGGACACCCGUAGUGGUUGUACAAAUGUCCAGUCGAAGCACAAUGUGCAAAUGCUACCAUUUUUAUUAUUUUUCUUUAGUGUAAGAAGGUAUAGAGGUGUUUAUACACACAAAGUACAACAUUGUGCUUUAAAAGUACUUUUUUUUUUUUUUAUUGCAAAAAUAAAUAAAAGCAUUUUCCUAA